UCCUUUUAACAAAAGAAAAGAGAAAAAAUGGAAGAUGAGAGGCUAAAUGGGCCAAGUGGAGGGAGCCCAGAAAACCCAUGUGGUGUAAAGAGCAGUGCAAGUAGCAAUAACAACAGCGGCAAUAGCAAUUAUAAUAACAAUAACAAUAGCAAUAAAGAACAAGAUAGAUUCCUCCCCAUAGCAAAUGUUGGUCGCAUUAUGAAGAAAGUGAUCCCAGGCAAUGGAAAAAUCUCAAAAGAUGCAAAGGAGACUGUUCAAGAAUGUGUCUCAGAGUUCAUAAGCUUUGUCACAGGAGAAGCUUCUGAUAAAUGCCAGAGAGAAAAGAGGAAGACCAUCAACGGUGAAGAUAUCAUCUGGGCCAUCACAACCCUCGGAUUUGAGGACUAUGUACAUCCAUUAAAGCUCUACCUCCAGAAAUAUAGAGAACUUGAAGGGGAAAAGCUAAAUGUUCCAAAGCAACAAAGAUUGGAACAAAGGCAGCUGCAGCAACACCAACAAAACCACCACCACCAGCAACCAGAACAACAAGAACAACAUACUUUAGUAUCUGCUUACGAUAAUAGUGUAUAUUCUUCCACCAAUCUCCUCUCUCAGCCAUCUUUCAUAGCCGCUGCCGCCGCGGAUCAUCAUCAGACAGCCUUCUCUUUGCCCUUCUCCCCAACUUCAAUUCAAAAACAAUUGCACCCACAAGAUCAUAUUGAUUCAGUUGGGCAUUGGUAAUGGUAAGAAGAAAAGAGUAACUCAACAAAGAGAAGAGAUGGUUGUUUUCUUUUUCUUCCCUUAUAUCAUGCUAUACAAAUGUAAAUGUUGAUAUAUACUUAUACUUGGCUCAAUCUUUAGGAGGUGUAUUUGGAAAGAGCUUGUAUGUAUAACAUGCAUAAAUUGCAAAAUGAAAUGUGAUGACGAAGCUUUAUCAUG